AUGGGCUCCAUAGAACGCGUUACGGAGCAUUUGGAAAAGCCUGAGCUCGAUGAUCGCUCCUAUCGGGUUAUUCGUUUACCCAACAAACUGGAGGCGCUCUUAGUCCAUGAUCCUGAAACAGACAAGGCCAGCGCAUCCGUCAAUGUCAAUGUGGGAAAUUUUUCAGAUGCAGAUGAUAUGCCAGGAAUGGCUCAUGCUGUAGAGCAUUUACUCUUCAUGGGAACAAAAAAGUUCCCGAAAGAAAAUGCCUACAAUCAAUAUCUCGCCUCUCAUUCUGGCUCAUCGAAUGCAUACACAGCCGCUACUGAGACUAAUUAUUUUUUCGAGGUGUCUGCGACGGCUGAAUCCGGAGAUGAGAAGCCUAACGGCCAAUCCUUGACCAACGGCACAGCCAACGGAACAGCCAACGGCGUCCAUACGCCAGCGGAAUCAGACACUUCCAAGCCCUCGUCCCCUUUACACGGAGCGCUCGAUCGCUUCGCGCAGUUCUUUGUGUCUCCGCUUUUCCUGGAGUCUACUUUAGAUCGCGAGCUGCGGGCGGUGGAUUCGGAGAACAAGAAGAAUCUUCAGAGUGAUCUAUGGCGCUUGAUGCAGUUGAACAAAUCAUUGUCAAACCCGGCCCACCCUUAUCACCACUUCUCGACCGGUAACCUCAAGACCCUGAAGGAGGACCCUCAGCAACGCGGCCUAGAAGUUCGCAGCGAGUUCAUCAAGUUCUACGAGAAGCAUUAUUCAGCGAACCGAAUGAGAUUAUGUGUGCUCGGCCGCGAGUCUUUGGAUGAGCUUGAGAAAUGGGUUGAGGAGCUGUUCUCAGAAGUGGAGAACAAGGAUUUGCCACAAAAUCGAUGGGACGAUAUUCAACCCUGGAGGGACGAGGAUUUGAGCAUUCAAAUCUUCGCUAAGCCGGUCAUGGAUACCCGCUCUUUGGACAUUUACUUCCCGUUCCUGGAUGAAGAGUCCCUCUACGAGUAUCAGCCAAGUCGGUAUAUCAGUCACCUGAUUGGCCACGAAGGACCCGGCAGCAUCUUGGCUCAUAUUAAGGCGAAGGGAUGGGCUAACGGGUUGUCUGCCGGCGUCAUGCCCAUCUGUCCCGGAUCAGCCGCUUUCACUAUCUCGAUUCGUUUGACAAAAGAGGGAUUGCAGCAGUACCGCGAGGUUGCCAAGGUGGUCUUCCAGUAUAUCGCGAUGUUGAAGGAAAGGGAGCCGCAGCAGUGGGUUUUCGAUGAGAUGAAGAACUUGGCCGAGGUUGAAUUCCGCUUCAAGCAGAAAUCCCCUGCCAGUCGAUUCACCAGUCGACUGAGCAGCGUCAUGCAGAAGCCCCUUCCCAGGGAGUGGCUUCUCAGUGGUUCCCUUUUGCGCAAGUUCGACCCCGACCUUAUCAAGAAGGCUUUGUCAUACCUUCGGCCUGACAACUUCCGGCUGAUAAUUGUCUCUCAGGAGUUCCCGGGAGACUGGGACUCGAAGGAGAAGUGGUACGGCACCGAAUACAGGGUUGAAAAAAUACCCCAGGACUUCAUGAUCGACAUCCGAAAAGCCUUGGCUACCACUCCGGAGACUAGACUGUCUGAACUCCAUAUGCCCCACAAGAACGAGUUCGUUCCAACUAGGCUCUCUGUGGAGAAGAAAGAGGUAUCAGAGCCAGCAAAGACACCCAAACUCAUUCGUCACGAUGACCAUGUGCGCCUCUGGUUCAAGAAAGAUGACCGUUUCUGGGUACCCAAAGGCACCGUUCAUAUCACGCUCAGAAACCCGCUGGCGUGGGCCACCCCUGCGAACUUGGUGAAAUCGAAGCUGUAUUGCGAACUUGUCAAGGAUGCUUUGGUGGAAUACUCGUACGAUGCUGAGCUUGCUGGGCUUGACUAUCACCUCUCUGCCAGUGUCUUUGGAUUGGACGUGUCUGUUGGAGGGUACAACGACAAGAUGGCUGUCCUGCUGGAAAAAGUGUUUACGAGCAUGCGUGACUUGGUUGUUGAUCCGAAUCGCUUUCACAUCAUAAAGGAACGUUUGUCUCGGGGAUAUCGCAAUGCAGAGUAUCAACAGCCGUUCUAUCAGGUCGGUGAUUAUACCAGAUAUUUGACCUCUGAGAAGACAUGGAUCAACGAACAAUACGCGGCUGAAUUAGAGCAUAUCGAACCAAAGGAUAUCUCGAACUUCUUCCCCCAACUACUCAGCCAGAACCAUAUUGAGGUCCUAGCGCAUGGCAACCUGUACAAGGAGGAUGCGCUUAAGAUGACAGACUUGGUGGAAAACAUUCUGCAAAGCCGCCCUCUGCCCCAGUCCCAAUGGCACGUGAGGCGAAACAUUAUCAUCCCUCCUGGAAGCAAUUAUAUCUAUGAACGCACGCUCCGAGACCCUGCCAAUAUCAACCACUGCAUUGAGUAUUAUGUUUACGUUGGAAGUAUCAGAGAUGAUGUGCUCCGAGCAAAGCUUUUGCUGUUUGCACAGAUGACAGAUGAACCCGCUUUCGACCAACUUCGAAGCAAGGAACAGCUUGGGUAUGUUGUCUGGAGUGGUGCACGCUAUUCCGCUACCACCAUUGGUUAUCGAGUUAUUAUCCAGAGUGAACGUACGGCCGAGUAUCUUGAGUCGCGUAUCGAUAACUUCCUCAUUCAAACGGGGGAGACAUUGGAGAAUAUGUCCGAGAAGGAUUUCGAGGGUCACAAGCGAAGUGUGAUCAACAAGAGACUGGAGAAACUCAAGAAUCUGAGCUCGGAGACAUCGCGAUUCUGGAGUCACAUCGGCUCGGAAUAUUUCGACUUCGUACAGAAUGAAACCGAUGCAGCCAACGUCAGGGCUUUGACUAAGGCUGAUAUUGUGGAAUUUUAUAAGCAGCUCAUUGACCCUCGCUCACCCACCCGGGGUAAGCUUUCAAUCUAUCUAAAUGCUCAAGGGGGUGCGCAAGCUAGAACAGUCGAAGGCGAAAAACAGCUGUCCCGGCUGGUGUCACUACUUGGAAAGCAAGUGGAGAGCGCCGGCUUUGCCGUGGAUACGGGCCGCCUGAGCUCUGUAUUUGAGAGCGCUGGUAUCUCCGUUAGCAACGCAGAUGAGAUUCUCGCUGUCUUGAAGGAGUUCUUGAGCUCUGAGAUGAGCUUAUCGGAGCAUCAGACCGCACCGGUGCUUGAGCAAGCCCGACAGAACAUUGGUCUGCAUGCAAAGCAACUUGGCAUUGAAGCUGCCGACGAGGACUCUAAACUCGUGAGUAAUGGUGUUGACAAGUCCGAGGCCGAGCGAAAGGUGACUUACAUCACCAACGUGCCUGAGUUCAAGGCACGCCUGGCUAUGAGCGCUGGACCUACCGCGGUCACAGAUCUCAGCGAGUUUGAGGAUUUUGACGCCAAGCUCUGA